AUGACCCGUCUCAUUGAUCCACGAGGAGCGUCAGACUCAGCUGCGAUGCACCAUCCGCUGCAACCAAGGGACAACAUCGAGAAUAUCCCUCGGCAACACCAGGCACCCCAGAAGCCAGCUUCGCGACCCAAGAAACUACAAAAGAAUCGCAGAGAUGCUUUCACGCCCAUCGCCUCUGCCAUACCAGUCAGGCGCACAACAUCUCUCGACAUUGCAUCCCUGUCAGAUAACUCCCAUCGGGCGCUGGUCAAUGCUCAAAUUACAGUCACUUCUCGAUAUCAAUACCCCUCUUCAAGGCAAAGAAGCGUCCUCAAAAAGCGUCGCGAUGGUCACAUGCCUAACUAUCAACCCGUCCACCCGCCUCCUCCGGAGCUCGCAGACUUUCGGCCUAACGCCCAACGCCUUUCCAGCCAACAACAUCCUCAUGAGCAGAAGACCGUCCGUUUCAACAACAAACCCCCGUCCGAGAUCCCGUAUUACCAUUUCGAUGGCUCAGACGCAGAGCUGCCACCGCCCAAUUCAAUUCCUGAAGGCCGGUUCAGCGCCGAUAAACCUCUGCCUCCGAUGCCACAGGACACAUCCCAGGACGAGAAGCGUUCUGAUUUGGUGGAGAGCUCUUCUCCCGAUUCAAUCCACCGGCGGUGGACGAUAACGUCUUACCACAAUCCCCGCGCUGAACCCAAUGACAUCUUGGUAAACGAUAUGGGUGAACUCAAGAGGUCCGACCCUUUUACCUCCAAUUCUCAUCCCCAGCCACGGCCGACUUCAGUUCCACCCACAGCCAACUCAAAUUCUCACCUUCCACUCACUCCACAAGCCACCCCUCCUCCAAUCGAGAAAGACGUUUCUCAAGUGAAGUUACAACGUCUACUUUCGGAAAUGAUCUCCACUCAGCACGCAUACCUCCACACCCUCCGUAGCACUGUGAACAACCACGACCACGAAUCUUGCAGCCCGCCCGUCAACCUCCUCCUUUCACUCCUCUCCAUUAUCCAAGUGAGCGAAGACUUCCUCCGCAGGAUGGAGCAGAACCCUACACCUCAAGGUGUGGCGGACGCGUUCUUGGCAACCUGCGGGACAUUAGAAUUUCACCUCCUUCAAUGGUCGCAAGAAGUAACUGAGUUCGUGAAUACGCAAUCAUUUGAAGCCGGUGCCGGGGUGGGGGCAACUCACUACCACUCUGCUCAAGCCUCGGAGGAGAGGAGACGAAGCCGUCUUAAGAGGUGGAAGAACUUCUUCAGGCGGAAAGGGUCUUCAUCCGAGGAUGCCUCUGAAGACGGCGAACAGCCGAAAGCUGUAUUGCCAGACAGCUUCUGGCGACGGUCUUCUGCAGGACCUGGGCUGUGGGAAAUGGUUGUUCUGCCAACACAGCGCACAAUGCGGUAUGUUUUCUUGUUCAGAGAACUCCUUUUGUUGCUCGAUAUGUCUCAUAGAGACUACCAAAUUGUGGAACGCGCUUUCCACGCUGCGAAUAUUAUCGCGAAAAAGAUGACUCGUGCUCAACAACGGCCAUCUUUGUAG